AUGAAGACUCAGAUGCUGGACCUAGUAGUUCUGGAGCAGUUCUUGGCCAUCCUUCCCCCGGAAAUGGAGAGCUGGGUCAGACAGUGUGGACCAGAGACCAGUUCCCAAGCAGUAGCCCUGGCUGAAGGUUUCCUCCUGAGCCAGGCAAAGCAGAAGAAGCAAGGCAAUGAGCAGGUUCUAGCAGAUACCAGGAAGAGGCUGCUGACCAGGUCGAUCAUGCAGGAGAAUAGCGAAGGUGCCACAUUUCCAGAGGAAGAGUGGGCUCUGCUGGCGCCGGGCCAAAGAGCCAUGCACAGGGAAAUCAUGGAAGAGAAUUAUGGGAAUCUGGCUUCUCUGGGAUUGUGGGGUCUUCAGCCCAUACCUGGUGACCUCUUUGUAGCCACAGCUGACGGCUUCAAACUUGAAUCUUGGAGGCCGCCUUUUGGCAUCACUUGGGAAUGCCCCUCCCAUUACGAAGCCUGUCUCUGCUGGGAACUCCGGAAGCGCGCAGCGCAUGUGAGGACUGACUGCCUCCCCACGCUCUCCCUGCGAAGCAGCCGAGGAGCUCCAGCCACUUUAAGGGUUAACAAAGGACAACGGAGCCGCAGGAAAGAGCGCAACCGAGGGACGUCCCUUUCCUGCCCCGCCUCUCUGCGAGCAAUGGAGGCUGGAAGCGCGGAGCCCUCUUCGUGCGCGGCGAUGUUGGCGAGCGGGGUUGCACGGAGGGAGCCUCGAAAGAAAGGAUACAUCUGGGGGGUCAUGGCUAAGGGAGAACCAUCCAAAGUAUCACUGGAAAAAGCUGAGGAGCAGGUGCAGGAGCAGAAACUGAGGAGUCAAGAUGGAGCAAAGAGACAAGAGGAGAGACAAACUCACACAGGGGAGAAACCUUAUAAAUGCUUGGAGUGUGGAAAGAGCUUCAGUCGGAAUGACCACCUAACUUUGCACCACAAAACUCACACAGGAGACAAACCUUAUAAAUGCUUGGAGUGUGGAAAGAGCUUCAGUCAGAGUAGCGCCCUUACGUCGCAUCAAAGAACUCAUACAGGAGACAAACCUUAUAAAUGCUUGGAGUGUGGAAAGAGCUUCAGUCAGAGUAGCCACCUUAUUUCGCAUCACAAAACUCAUACAGGGAACAAACCUUAUAAAUGCUUGGAGUGUGGAAAGAGCCUCAGGUGGAGUAGCGCCCUUACUUUGCAUCAAAGAACUCACACGGGACAAACCUUAUAAAUGCUUGGAGUGUGAAAAGAGCUUCAGUCGGAAUGACCACCUUACUUUGCACCACAAAACUCACACAGGAGACAAAACUUAUCAAUGCUUGGAGUGUGGAAAGAGCUUGAGUCAGAGUGGCCACCUUACUUCGCAUCACAGAACGCAUACAUGGAACAAACCUGAUACUUGCUUGUAGUGUAGAAUGGCUACCUUCAGGCACAUCAAAGGAUCCGUUCAAAGGAAGAGAUGUAUAGAUGCUUUGAAUUUGGAAAAAGCUUUAAGCGGAGUUCAACUUGUUAUGAUAUUGGCAGUUUUAUUUUCAAUCUGUGUCUUAAAGAUCCCUCACAUGGAAUUCACCAAUUUCACAGCUAUAACAUCAGUAUCUUAACUGAAGCAUCCGCUAUGACCUCAAGGUCUCUCUCCUGUCAGUCACCACCAGUUAAGUUAGGAUUUUUCAUUUCUGUGCAUCAC